CAAUGGUCAAACCCCUCUAACCAAAAAGGUCUCUGGAGAGAGAGAGAGCGAGAGUGCGAAAAGGAGCUUCUGGUUGCGUCUUGAAGAACCCCAUGUUCGAGGCCUGAGCUUUUUUCCCUCUCCACUAGCAGACCCAUCUCAGUGGAAGAUGGUGUCUAAGGGUUCGCCGGACUGGCUUCCCUCCGGCUGGACUGUGCAGUUUAAAGUCCAGAAGACGGGCAGGAAAAUUAGGUUCUAUACAAACUUGGAGAGUGGAAAAAGCUUUUAUUCUAAGGAUGAUGUUAUUGGAUAUAUUAAAAGCAUUCAGUCUCAAAAGUCUCCACCAACUUCAAGUCGCAUCAAAACGCAGUCAGGAAAUAGUCCAGUGCAACUCACAGUAAAAGCAAAUGAACGCCCUGAAUGGUUGCCUGCUGGCUGGAAAGUGGAGUCAAGAACACGAAUGAGUGGUUCAAACGUUGGAGGUGUAUACAAGUGUUACAUUGAUCCAGUGACAGGCAACAGAUUUUAUUCUAAGCCAGAGGUAUUUCGAUACCUCAGGACAGUGAAAAACAAAGUGUGCACAUUGAAGGAGAGAAAGACAAGCAACGGCACAAAGUCUAGAACCCAUGUUGUUAUUGAGCAUUAUAAAGAUGAAGAUUUGCCGCCUGGAUGGAUAAAGGAGAUCAAGAUCAGAGAAAAAGCAGAUGGCAUUAGGAAAGAUCCCUUUUACAUAGAUCCAAAAUCUGGAUAUGUAUUCCGCUCCAAGAAGGACGUUUUACGCUAUCUUGAGACUGGAGAGAUCAGUAGACAUGCAUUUAAACCGAAGGAAGGGGUUGAUAAUGAUCAAGAAUCGAUUAAUCACAAAAUAAUAUCAAGCCCUUCUACUGCUAAAGGACAGAAACCAGAGCACCCUACAGCAACCCAACAACCUCUUGCAGAUGUUGUAGGGAAGGAAAUGCCAAGCAGUUCAGAAUUUCCAGGAGACCAAAUUCUACUACCGUCAGGGCGAUAUGGGAACCUGUCUUCUGAACUGAAUGCUUCUGUUUCACGUGUUGAAACUGUCACAAAGAUCGUUUCGUCGCAAGAAGUGGUCAGGGAGUCUUCUGAAAUCAAAGAGAAAAGUCGGAGAAGUUCAGCAUCUCCUGAAGCUGAUCUUCCAGAUGGUAAGGAAACUGAAAGAGCAUCAGAUGAUGUACCAGUUUCAACUUCUGCAUCUGAGUUGGAGCAAGAGAAGGCAUUGCCAAAAGCUGAAAAGCAAGAAACUAAUAAAACUCCUGAAAACACUCCACUUUCAACCACUGCAUCGAAGUUACAACAAGAGAAGACUGCAAUCUGUGAUGUGAUGGAAAUGGGUGACAAUGGGGAAAAGAUAGAGACAGAACGAGAUGACAAUGGGGAAAAUACAGAGACGGAAGGAGGCGACAAUGGGGAACAUACAGAAACUAAAAGAGUUGACAGUAGGAAAAAGACGAAGACAAGGAGGUUCAAGAAGAAGAAAGAUAUCAGCUUGCCUCGAAGGUCUUCGAAACGACUUGCUGGACGAAAACCAGAGUCGGCGCGUAAAGUAGAGACAAAAGAAGUUCCUCAAGCUUCGAAUAGAAACUGUCUUACUAAAGUUAGUCCAGAUGCUGAUAAAGCAUGUCAGCAGCUCAAUGUAGGGCCAGAAAGGGGCAAUGAAGCUCAUGUAUCUAACCUCAAGGACAUACCCUUGCAUGAAAAUCCUUCUAAUAAGAGGAAAACCCCUCCGGAAUGCGGCCUAGAUGUCCCACAAGAGAAAAUACAGAGAAUACGAACUGAAAAUGUACAGAUUGAAGCGCAGCUGAGUGUUCCAAUUGCUGAAUUUUGGUCAGACCCAUGUCUGGAAUUUGCAAUCAAGACCCUUACAGGCGCAUUGCCAGUGGAGAACGCAACCACCACCGAUGGGCUAGUUUCUGAUCCUACAAUUGAUUUCCUGCAAGGGCAGAAAUCAGUAAAAAAUGGUUCGGGAAGCUGCAUGGAUAAGAGAACUCAAGAGAACACAAAAUUCAAGAACAAGAAAGAGUUCACUUCAAAUCGUCAAUCUUCAAGUAUUAAUGGGCUCAAACCUGAAUUGGCAUCAAAUAUAAUAUCCUUUCAACAAGCAAACGAUCGUUCAAAUGAAGCUGUUCUAGCUUUCAAUUUAUCAGACAGUGGAAUACUUGGAGAACCACAGAAUGAACCGUGUAAAACAUCUUCCCAAAAAUUUCCACCCAGAGAGCUGCAUCACCUUCCACUGGAUAGGAUCAAUACAUGUCACGAGAGCAACAAAAUGGCGCUCGAUGAUCAGAAUCAAAAGCAUCAAACGAAAGACACAACCUCAGAAACUCCAAUAGCCUUUCCAUUUGGAGAUUCCUGGGCAGACCCAUGCUUGGAUUUUGCAUUCAAAACUCUCACGGGUGCAAUACCAAUAGAAGGUAGUCUGGAAAUUCAAAGCUACUUCGAGGAGCGAAUCGAGUCCUCUCGCAGCCAAAGAGAGAGUAGCAUAGCACUUCCAGACUACGGAUCCCCGAACUUCUUCCAAAACGACAUAUCAUCCCACUUUGAUGGACCCGAAAAAUCUGGUUCAGUACAACACUUGAGUUUAGAUCCUCUGCUGGGGAAUGUGAGUCUACCAAGCUGCAGUGGGUUCACUUCUCAACAGCAGCCUCGCGUAGAUAGAAACAGACCUUUCAAGGGAAGGUGAAGUUUUUGAGGGAAGUGUAGCUUUUGGAUGUAAUAACAGCACAGGUCAGGUCUUGAGAAGAACGGCUCAUUGCUCUUUUCUUCUUUUUAGCAAAUCUGUAUUAUAAUGGAUGCUCCAAUCUGGCAUUUCAAAUUCAGUAACUCCCACGUCAAACUCGAACCACUAUGUACCCUUUGCCAGAAAUAGAAGAAAACAAAUUCCUAAUUUUUUU